AUGGCGCCCUCAGCGACGGUCACAGAGAAGAAGAAGGAUCCCAGAGACUGGCGUGGUCUUACCCCUCCCCUGGCAGAAUGGGUCCUUGAUUUCGUCGCAAGUCAGGGCUAUCAGCGCAUGACGCCUGUUCAGGCCGCCACUAUUCCCCAGUUCCUCGGCAACAAGGACGUCGUCGUCGAAGCUGUCACCGGCAGCGGCAAGACCCUGGCAUUUCUGCUCCCCAUCGUGCAGAAGCUGCUCCGCCUCUCCGAACCCACCAAGCGUGGCCAUGUCUUCGCCAUUAUCGUCUCGCCGACUCGCGAGCUCGCUCAGCAGAUUUACAACGUUCUCAUGGGCCUCAUCGCCUUCCACACUGCCUCCUCGGAGAUGCUUCCCUUCCUGAAGGAGGAUGACAAGCGCCCCGACUCGGCCGUGCCCAUCGCCGUGCCCCAGCUGCUCGUCGGAGGCACGACCACGACGCAGCAAGAUCUCAGCUUCUUCGUGCGUCACUCUCCCAACAUUCUCGUCUCCACGCCCGGCCGCCUCGUCGAGCUCCUCGCCUCGCCCCACGUCCACUGCAGCCAGUCCACCUUUGACAUGCUCGUCCUCGACGAAGCCGAUCGCAUCCUCGACAUGGGGUUCCGUCAGGACCUCCAGCGCAUCCUCUCCCACCUCCCCAAGCAGCGCCGAACCGGUCUCUUCAGCGCCUCCGUCUCCGAGGCCGUCUCCCAGAUCAUCACUGUUGGCCUGCGCAACCCCGUCAAGAUCGCUGUGCGCGUCAAGUCCCUCCGCGACGGCAACAUCAUCGAAGACCGCAAGAUUCCCGCCUCUCUGCAAAUGGCAUACCUCCUCACGCCGGCCUCCCAGAAGAUGCCGGCCCUCGCCCAGAUCCUCGACAAGCUCAACCCGCGCCCCCAGCGCAGCAUCAUCUUCCUCUCCACCUGCGCCGCCGUCGACUACUUCCAGCACAUCCUCCCCGACAUGCUCCCCGCCGGCUUCUCACUUGUGCCCCUGCACGGCAAGCUGCCGCCCAAGGUGCGCGAAAAGUCCUUCAACCGCUUCCUCACGUCCGUCUCCCCUUCGGUCCUCCUCUGCACCGACCUCGCCGCUCGUGGCCUCGAUAUUCCCCAGGUCGACUUUGUCUGCCAAGUCGACCCGCCCUCAGAUCCCAAGGUCUUCAUCCACCGCGCCGGCCGCGCCGGCCGCGCCGGGCGCAAAGGCCUCGCCGUCGUUCUCCUCCACCCAGGCCGCGAGGAGGAUUUUGUACCCUUCCUCGCCGUCCGCAAGACGCCCAUCCACCCGCUGACGACUCCCGACGUGACCCUCGACCCGUCCGCCGCCGAGGCCGCGACGGCCCGCAUCCGCGCCUUUCUCCGCGCCGACCGCGCCCACCACGACAAGGCGCAGCGCGCGUUCGUCAGCUGGGUACGCUCCUACGCCGCCCACCAGACGUCCUCCAUCUUCCGCCUGCAGGACCUCGACUGGGCCGAGCUCGGCCGCGCCUGGGGCCUGCUGCGCCUGCCGUCCAUGCCCGAGGUCAAGGCGUGGGACGGCGACAAGACGCUCGGCCUCGGCGAGAUUGACUGGGACGCCUUCGCGUACAAGGACAAGGCGCGCGAGGCGCAGCGCAGGGAGGCCCUCGAGCUCGAGCGGAGCGGCGUCAAAAAGGCCGGCGACGACGACAGGAACAAGCGCAAGAGGCGGAACAACGAGGCCUGGAGCGACAAGCACGAAAAGGCCGAGGUGCGCGUCGAGAGGCGGGAGAAGCGGCUGAAGAAGAGGGACAAGGAGCGCGAGAGCAAGAUGACCGAGGACGAGAAGAUCGAGGCCAGGGAGCUGCAGGACCUCAUCAAGGAGGUCAGGAGGAAGAAUGGCGCCAAGGAGGCCAAGGAGGAGGAGUUUGGGGGGUUUGACGAUUAG